AUGAGUAGGGUCACCGACGGAGGGACGAUUAAGCAGAAAAUCUUCACGUACGAUGCCAUGUUUAAUACCAAUUACUCUCACAUGGAGGACUACCGCAGACGCGAGGACCUAGUUUAUCAGUCGACAGUAAGGCUGCCUGAGGUUCGGAUCUCGGACAACGGCCCCUAUGAAUGUCAUGUGGGCAUUUACGACCGGGCGACGAGGGAGAAAGUCGUCUUGGCAUCGGGGAAUGUUUUCCUCACCGUUAUGUCUCCACCAAACAAUAUCUCAGUGAUGGCAGAGAACACGCCGGCUCCUUUCAGUCGGUACCAGGCCCAGAAUUUCACUCUACUGUGCACAGCGAAAGGAGGAAAACCCGCCCCAUCAGUGUACUUCAAACGGGACGGCGAGCUCAUUGAGGUGAUCUCCUACACAAUGCCCAGCGCCGGCGAGACUGGUUCCAGCUCCGCCAACUUCAGAGGCGCCCGCCCGCUGAUCAGCCGGGACCAGGACGAGACCAAGCUCCAGCGCUCUCUCUCUCUCCUGGAUCCAGAGGGCCGCCUCUCCCGCUUGCACACCGAGGUCCCCCAGCACUACCACAGCCAGGGCCAGCAGGCGUCUGAGCCCAGCCCCGCCACCGAGGUCAUCCCUGAGACCGUAGUGAGCCGCGAGUUCCCCCGCUGGGUCCACAGCACUGACCCCCUCUACUACUUCAGCCACACCCACGUCCCGCACAGCGACGGCUCUGUGGUGGUGCAGGCCCGCCUCACCUGGACCCUCAACCCCCAGCUGGACAACGACGCCCUGUUCAGCUGUGAGGUCAAGCACCCGGCUCUGUCCAUGCCCAUGCAGACCGAGGUCACGCUGUCUGCUCCAAAGGGCCCCAAACUUCUGAUGACUCCCACCAGAGCCAAAGUAGGCGACACCGUGCGGAUCACAGUACAUGGAUUUCAGAAUGAGGUGUUCCCGGAGCCGCUGUUCACCUGGACUCGUGUGGGGGGUCGGCUGUUGGACGGCAGCUCGGAGAAGGAGGGGAGAGAGCUGAUUCUGGAGAGAGUCCCGGCGGAACUGAACGGAUCCAUGUACCGCUGCACCGCACAGAACCCACUGGGAUCCACCGACACGCACACACGCCUCAUAGUGUUCGAGAACCCAAGCAUGAUGAAGAACACCCAAAAUCCUAACAAUGGAGCCUAUCGAUUGGAGGUUGUUGGGAUAACGUGGAUGACGCUCGUCCUCACAGUGACCGCUGGACUGACGUGA